GUGAUUGUGAAAUGGUGUUUGUACCUUAGCAACAUAACUGCAGAGGCCAUGAAUGGAUUAUUAUAAUACUUCGAAUGUGAUAAGGUCUUGACUCUUCAUAGUACUUCACAGAACGUGAACGUGAACGUUUUUUGAACUUAGAACUCUAAUUAAUGGUAUUGAAGUUCAACAAGCUGAAUACACUGAUCCCAUAGCUCACCCUCUUCUAAAACGAAGAUAUGCAAAACAAAAGCAACGAAGGCAGUCUUUCUUUUUCACUAACUGUUGAUUGUGAUGGACAGUCAGGAUAGGUUCUAUCUUGCUACCGUAGUACUGUAGUAGUAAACGCGUGUUGUUGACCACAUUAUGUAAAUUAGCUUGUCGUCCCGUACACACACCAAGCCUCUUGAAAACACUUUAUUCGUUUGUUUGCCGUUAAACAAUAACUUUUAAUCAUCCAUCAACUUGCCCCCUCCAUCAACAGUACACAUCGCUUUAUAUUGCCCGUGUAUUUGCACAGGACCUGACGUGUUUUUAUGGUUGCUUAGUAAAGGCAUGCUAUCGACUGUUUACAUAACGUUGCCAGGUUUAGUUUAGUCCUUUUGGUUGCGCGCAGCCAGUGGCGGAAAUAAGGAAGCAAAUCCGCCUCCUGUAGACAAACAAGGCAAAGGUCUCGGCGUCCUGGUGUUUGGACCGUAGCUUUUCACGCAAUCGCUGCGCACGGAACAUUGCAGUUUGACAACAAUGUCGGAAACGUAUGUGCGGCACACCACUACCUUAACUUUAUCUGAAGUCGUUGUGCAGAAUAAGCUUUUAAAAGAACUUUCGAGUAAGUUGGCGGAGAAUGAAAUUGAAGAGCUGAAGUUUCUUGUAAUCGACGUCUUCCCAAAGACAGAACUGUCUCGAAUCUACAAGGGGUUAGCCCUCUUUGUGUGUCAGCUGGGCUUCCUGGAAAAAUUGCUCCAAAUCAUAGGGAGAGAGGACUUGGUAAAAAUUAUGGAGGACACCUACAAGGACGAUGCAACAUGGCGGACAAAUCAACCUCUGUUCUUGAAUGAGCAUCCUACACCGUAUAGGACUCUUCUGUACGAGUUGGGGAAAGAAAUGAAAGAAGACGACAUGGAAAUCGUCAAGUUCAUGUUCAAGGAGGACCUGGGAGAAAGUAUCUUAGAGAAAGUGAGGAGUCCGUUUGACUUGUUGGAGACCCUGGAGGAUCACGGGAAAAUCGGGCCUCCCAACAACGUGGGUAAACUUGAGGAAGCAAUGAAGAUGGCGGGGAGAGACGAUCUGGUCAUCAAACUCAAAGAGUUCUCUUCUAAAAGUGAUGACGCUGCUAGACUGGCCAGGAGGCGGAAGGAUACACCGUGGGUCAGUAAGUCGCCGUUUGUAGCCUCCAAUCAGCCGCAAGUGGUGGAGGAAGAAGAAGAAGAGGAAGAAGACGAAGAGGGAGCAGCAGCCUCUUCAAACAGCGACAGCAAACGCCGCCUCUCCACUAUUCCCGAAAACGGCCCCAAACGUGCUGUCCUGGCCGGAAACAUGGGCGCCGUCCCAGAAGAAACUAGGGAACAAGACCAAGAGGACACAGGCAACCGUUCUUGUGAUAAAACUUCUCCAAAGGACAUUCCAACGACCACAUCAGGAAAGAAGAAAUCCUCAAAAUUUUGCGUGCUCUUAUAAUCAUUAUGAGAUCCGAUUUAAGUUUGAUACUAUAGGUGGCCAGUGUCACAAAUAUUGCAAGAAUUUCCCGAAUAUUGACAAGGAUAUUCAUGAAUAUCCAGCUAUGAUGUUUAAGAUACAUUGUACAUUGGUUUAUUUUAAUUGCUAACUUAGAACAACGCUCCAUGCUUAGAAUGAAGUAAGAGUCUUUCCACGAUGCAUAAAUGUAAGAUUAGUAAGCCACACAACACUUUCAGAAUGGUACAGUGAACAAGUUGUAUUGCACUAGUGUUGGGUACACAAUGUCCAUAAGGACUUUAUAUCAGUUGUCAGCACACUGUUUGUCUAUAGCUUCACCAACACAACAUUUUCAACUUUUUCAAUAUCUCGAUAUUUUUCAGGUGUUAUAGCUUAUGCAUAGAGUACCUACACCAACUGCUAACAGAGUUAACAGACUACCAGGAAUUGAGUGAUAUUUGAAGAAUAACCCAGAGUGUAUCUUCUUACUUAGUUGUCACAGUUACUUCUUCCAUUGAGUACACUACAAAUGUUAUAGUUAUACAUGCCAUAACCAUUGUACAGUCACUUCUAGAAGACAACAGAAAAAUGUAACACUCAUCUUCCCUUUUUACAUUUAUACUGUUCUGAGCUUUACUUUACACUAUGAACUGAAAUGACAUCCAUAUAACUUUUUUCAAGUGGGAUUUUAUCAUAACUGACAUCUCAUCAUGUUAUAAUCUAUGACAUAUGAGUUUCACAAAUCAAAAUACACCAUAGUGUUGAUAGGCUUGUACUGUACAAUUUUACAACCUUCUGAACUUUACAUGUUCCCAUUCAGCAUUUGAACCUAUUAUAAUUCUAGCAGUCACGA